GAAAAAACACCCACCCUUUUUAUCAACAAAAUCUCUGUUCUGUUUUUUUGUUUGUUCUCUCUGCUUCAGUAUUCUUCAAGUUCACGGCUACCACAGGUUUAAAGCAACAAAAGGUGUUUAGUCUGUCUGAGAUGGGUUCUGGGAAUUUUUUUAAGGCAAUAAUUGGAUCUAAGAAAGGGACAAAAACUAGCACCAAGAGCAAGAAGGGGCUUUCUGCUGGUUUGAAAUCAAAAGCUUCCAAGAAGAAGGGUACUCAUGCUUCAUCACUAGUGGUUCGUAGUGAGGAUUGGGCUGCAACUCGAAUUCAGUCUGCUUUUAAAGCCUAUAAGACUAGAAAAAUGUUACGGCGUCUAAAAGGGAUUGAAAGAGCAAAGAUGUUAACUGAGAAACAUCCAGUGAAGAAGCAAGCGGCGGUUACAUUGAAGUAUCUUCACUCAUGGAGUAAAAUACAGUCGCAGAUAAAGGCUCGCCGAGUUUGCAUGGUCAUGGAAAGCCGACUGAUGCAUAAAAGAUUAGAGAAUCAGCAGAAGCUUGAAGCUAAGCUUCACGAUGUUGAGGUUGAAUGGAAUGGUGGGGCAGAGACAAAAGAUGAAAUCUUAGGGAGGAUACAUCAAAGGGAAGAAGCAACGAUCAAGCGGGAAAGAGCCUUGGCUUAUGCCUUCUCCCAUCAGUGGAAAGCAGAUGGUAAGACUCAGUGGCUGGGGGGUUAUGAGCUGGGCAAUACUAAUUGGGGUUGGAGCUGGAAAGAGCGUUGGAUUGCUGUUAGGCCUUGGGAAGUAAGAUAUUCUUUGACUCUUAAGAAACCAAAGAGCUCAAAGACAGUUUCUUGCAAGAGUGAAACCAAAUCAAACUCACCAGCAAAGAGAUUAUCAUCAGUUUCAGCCAAAGCUCCAUCUUCUGGAGCUAAAAACGCAGUGAAACCAAGGAGAUUGUCAUUUCCAGGCGCCUGAAUGAGCAUAUUGAGUAAACACAACGUACUUUUUUAUUUACAAGAGGAAUGAGACUCCAAGAUUUGAUGUGGUAUAUUUAUUUUGAUCUGUGUUCUGUUCUGUCUCUGCUGUGAUGUAAUGUAAAUACAUGUAGGAGAUGAUGUUUGAUUCUUGGUUUGUUUUCAAUAUAUUGCAAUAGUUUUGUCUUCACAGUAAUCCCAAGCUUUGCCCAAUUACGACAAUCUUGGUUUGUUGUACAUGUUGAUUGGAUGAUUGGUGGACCUUUAAAGUUUUUA